CAUAUUCCUGCAUCCAAGUGUCUGUUCUCUAGCUGCUACUGUACUUGUAUGACUGUAAGCAGUAACCACAUACGGCACGUGACUCCAGUGGAAGUGUUCAAUUCGUUUCUCUGGGACAAUUUGCUUCUUGAUCUACGACCGUUGGAACUUUACGAGCUCGAUCACAUCGAUCGGGCAGAAUGUUGUCCCGUCGGAAGUGAUACGAAUGUCGAAUUUGAGUAUCACGAACAGAGACGUACAGUCAUCGUGUACGAUGCUGAUGGUACAGUCUGCAGCAGAAGUCCCGGAACUGCAGAAGAGCAGCACUUGCAGAAACUGAUCGCAAGGAAAUUAUAUUGUGACGGCAACAUGAGCUUAACUUAAUAUAGUUGCGUUUUUUAUAGGUUUGUUGGUUCUGGUGUUGUGUCUGUUUGGUUACUCGAAGGAGGAUUUGCGUCAUUUAAAUCUGCGUAUCCAGUUUUGUGCACCGCUCAUGAACAGUGUGACCCGUAUGUCUGUUACCCGCAACAGAUUGUUCCCGGUGUGUUUUUGGGAGCACAUAUUUGUGCCGAACAAGUGAAGGUUCUGCAAAACCUUCAAAUCACACAUAUUCUGAACUGCACCAUGGAGUUGAAUCGACAUAUAGACACUGCAGUCCAAUAUUGUCAAAUUCCUGUGGAAGACACGUUAGAACAAGAUCUCAGUACUCAUUUCAAAACGGCUGCGGAUUUUAUACAUAAAGCUGUGUCAAACAAUGGUAGAGUUCUUGUCCAUUGUGAGAGGGGAUGCAGUCGCUCAGCCACAUUUGUAAUCUCUUAUCUGAUAUCAAUGAAAGGAAUGUCGGUAGCAGAAGCAGUGGAGCACGUGAGACAAUGUCGAUCUGUGAUUGCUCCGAAUGCCAGUUUCAUGUUGCAGCUGCACAACUUUGAACAGCACUGCAAAACUGCUGCAGUUUAAUUAAACAAUUGUGCCAUUUUUAUCUCGUAUAGUUCUAUAUUUGCAAUGCUACUAAACAUUUUACAUUAGACGUGAUCAUAUUUUUGACAUUACAUCACGUGAUCGUACCUAAGCUUCAACUAGAGUAUUAAUUUAAGGUUAUACAUGCCUGUCGUUGCAAGUUGGACAACCAUUGACAUAUGCAUGUUAAUCUGAGAGUAAUAGAGAUGGAGUCAAUAAUUUGCAAGAGUGCA